AUGGCCCUGCUGUGUGUGGUUGUGGCCUUUGCCCUGACUCUGCUAGGCCCCUGCCCCAGUGUGUGUGCCCCUCAGGGGGGGGCGGAGCCAGACGAACAGCCCUAUGACCUGGAUGACUUUGAUAUGAAUGGAGAGACAGACUGGGAAAACUUGGACCUCAAUGGAGAAAACUAUGACUAUGAAGACCUAGACCAAGAGAUCGAGUUGGGGACGGUGGCCCCCCCUGCUCCUGAGACCCCUCCCCCGGCCAACAUGCCCCCUCCUGAGUAUGAGGAGGAGAUGACCCUGUCCCCCAGGCCGACCCCUCCCCUGGCUCCAGUAACUCUGGACUUCAAAGGACCAGGCCUGUUUGGACCCGACACUGGCCUGGGUAUGCCUACAUGUUUGCUGUGUGUGUGCAUCAGUGGAAGUGUGUAUUGUGAUGAUGCUAACCUGGAGCAGAUUCCUCCACUGCCUAAAGAUACCACACACUUCUACGGACGCUUCAACAGUAUCAGACACAUCAAGAACACUGACUUCAUCAACCUCAACAAGCUGAAGAGCAUCGACUUAACAGGGAACCAGAUCUCUGGGGUGGAUGAAGAUGCAUUCCGCCCCCUACCACAGCUCCAGGACAUCCUGUUGGCUGAUAACAACCUGCAGGCGUUGCCAGAGCUCCCACCCACCCUCAGAUACAUCGAUGUGCGCAACAACAGACUGAUCAGCAAUGGACUACAUACAGAUGGGUUUAAGGAGAUGAGCCUGCUCGAGUUCCUGUAUCUGUCUGAUAACAAUCUGGACUACAUCCCCGUCCCACUACCUGAGAGCCUCCGAGUACUACACCUGCAGAACAACAACAUCCAGAAUCUUCAUGUGGACACAUUCUGUAACAGCCACGACCGUAACUACAUACGACGCUCCCUGGAGGACAUCAGGCUGGAUGGAAACCCUGUCAACAUCAACCUGUACGCCUCCUCCUACAUCUGCCUGCCUCGUCUGCCUAUCGGGAGCCACUGA